ACUGUCAGUGAUCAGCUGACUGUCGGAGGAGGAAGAAGCGAGAAGAUGGAAGGCAACAGAGACGAAGCUGAAAAAUGUAUCAAUAUAGCAUCGAAAGCCCUCGAAGCUGGAGAUAAAGAGAAAGCCUUGAAGUUUCUUAACAAAGCAGAGAAGCUGUACCCAACUGACAGAGCCAAAGCUUUGUUGGAUGCACUGACAAUGAACGGGAGCUCAGCAAGUAAUGGCACAUAUCGCAGGAGACCAACGGAUACAUCACAGUGCACUGGAGAGCACCCAGAAAAGCAAAGUCAAGACUCUGCCGGAGGGGAAUCCAUUAAAACCUUCACAAAAGAACAAGUUGAAGGUGUGCAAAGAAUAAAGUGGUGUAAGGACUACUAUGAAGUGCUGGGUGUCAGUCAGGAAGCCAGUGAAGACGACCUCAAGAAAGCCUACAGGAAACUGGCCCUUAAGUUCCAUCCAGACAAAAAUCAUGCACCUGGAGCAACUGAAGCCUUUAAAAAAAUUGGUAAUGCGUACGCAGUACUGAGCAAUGCGGACAAACGGCGGCAGUAUGACUUGACAGGGGGUGAGGAGCCAACCACCCCAGGCCCUGCACACGGAGGAGGGUUUGCCUUCCACAGAGGCUUUGAAGCUGAUAUCUCUCCUGAGGAUCUCUUCAACAUGUUCUUUGGAGGCAACUUCCCCUCCUCGCACAGCAACGGCAGGACGAACUAUAGCCAACAGACAGAUUACAGACAAGAGAGAACAGAAGAGAGAGGAGAUGGUGGUUUUUCAAUGUUUAUUCAGCUCAUGCCCAUCGUCGUCCUGAUUUUAGUGUCCGUACUAAGCCAGAUGAUGGUGUCUCCUCCACCUUACAGCCUCUACUCCAGACCGUCCACCGGGCAGACCAUAAAACGGCGGACAGAAAACCUGCACGUGGAGUACUACGUGACGCGAGGCUUCAAGUCUGAGCAUAAAGGCUCAGCACUGCAGCAGAUAGAAAAGAAUGUGGAGGAAGAUUACGUGACAAAUGUCAGAAAUAACUGCUGGAAGGAGAGACAAACGAAAACAGACCUGCUGUAUGCCGCUAAAGUUUACAGAGAUGACCGGAUGCGUAAGCGGGCGGAGCUUAUGACGAUGGACAACUGCAGAGAGUUUGACAGACUAACUAAUUUAUUCAGAGGUGGAUGAUUUGGGCACCUUUAAACUAUAGACAUGUAUAUUAUUCAGUCUGUGCAAUACUGU